AAAGAGGAGUAUUUACCUGUGUAUGUUUAAGCUAUUAAAACCCCUUCCCAUUGAGUAUAAGCAUUUCACUGAAAAUCCUAAGCCUCUAUAAAUCAGAGUAAACAAAUAACCAACUUUUCAUAUCCCCAGGCUUUACAUAGACAGUUUCAACCACAGUCUGGACAGAUGUUAGAUGUAUCAGUUUCAAGUGACUAAACAGCAGAAUCCCCCCCCCAGACACACAAUAUGGUACAAGUACAAACCACUGAUUUAUUGAUCCCAACAUAAAUGUUUAGAGCUCAAACAAAUGUAUUUAUUCACAAGACAAAUAUAUGAGUAAAAUAAAGAUUUUUUGUUUUUACAAAUGACUCCACAACUCUCCAUCAUUAGCCUGGCAUCCCUAAGAAAAGUUACAUUUGUAGCAGACAUGUUGAUACACACAAGUUGUAAAAGUUAUGGAAAACCUCAAUACAUUUAUUAACAUAUGAAAUUUAUAUGAAUAGAGUCACAAUAUUAAGCUCAUUUAAAUAGUUGAGUUGAUCUCUGAGGUUGGAAGAGAUUUUAGACACCAUAACUCUUUGUACAUAAACCAGCGAGGGACAGCACUUUUUUUUCCUCCAUGGCUUUCAAACUUGGUUCGGAUUUCUGGUUAAUAUCUUGAGCACAUGCUUGUCACUUUUGUUAUAAUUUCUAACAGACUACAGAUUGGGAUGCAAUAGAAAAAUAAGUUGUUGUUGAUGAGAUUCACAACCAAAAAUUAAACUGUUAUAAGUUAUUUUUCCACCUUUGUGCAUUUUUUAUACUUCUGCUUCACCAUAGUUGUGUGGACAACUAGUUUCCCCAAAUUCUUUGAAUUCCUGUAUUUAAAUGAGGAAACGGCAGGAAAUAUAAAUACUAUUUGACAGAUAAUUUGAAAUAAAACACAUAAUGCAAGGCUUUAAAAAAAAAUGUCAUAGUCUUACGUCUAUUUUAGUGACGACAUGCAACAUUGCAAUAACCUAGUAUGUGCACAAUAAGAAAGGGACGUGGUCCUCUACCUUUAAACCUUUUAAACUUCUACUGUGAUUGUAGCAUUAUAGAGGUCACUAAUUAUGGGAAUUGAUGCAUUCACAGCACAGGUACGUUCAGUCAGUAGUAUAGUCAAAUUUGGAGUUGUUUGGUUGGCUGUUCGGUUGGUUAGCCAUGUCCUGAUUGGUAGAUAAUGUCAUACUGUGUUGYCACUCAGCUGCAGCCCCGCCCUCCGACACAUCUGUAGUUAGUUGUUCAGCCUCCUGCUGAUGAUUGUGCGUGAAGCGCCGCUGUGGAAGGACAGAGGAUCAGCUAACCGGCUUUUUAAAUGGUCUUUUACAAUCAUUUUCAGACUGCCGAGCAGCUAUACCGGACUUUUUUAAAUCUAUGAAACCGAGUCUGGCAACAUUCACAGCGGUAGCACGGCCUGUCGAGUUUCAAAAGACUGUUGUACUUUGGGGAAAGUUUAAAGCCCCCCCCUCCAGACAGAGUUCGGCGGAAAGUCGGCAUGUCAGGGAUGUAUUGCGUUGUGUAAACCAGUUUAACCAGCUUUGCGGGAAGUUUCGACGGCCGCUGUGAUUAACUUCAGAGGUUUCUUCACUGCUACGAAGUGACAUUCGAUUCCCAACAAUGGCAGGUCUGAGCAAGGUCCACAUGAAAACCCUGGAGGACCUGACGCUAGACUCGGGAUAUGGGGCGGGGGACUCCUGCAAGUCCCUCAGCCUGUCCUCCUCCAAGUCAAAUUCCCAGGCCUUUAUGACGACCCCUCACCGGGGGAACUGGUGGUAUUACUCUGGCUCUAUGAACAGCAGGAACAACAGCUGGGACACUGUCAAUACUGUCCUCCCCGAAGACCCGGAGGACAUCUUCUCCAAGUGCCACCGCUUACCUGAGCUGGAGGAGUUCCCUUGGACCGAGGAGGAAGUGGCCAGGAUACUGCGCAAAGUGGCCGAGAGUGGUGGGAGUGCCAAGACGGGGUCUGCCUCUGUUUUCUCCCAGGAAGCGGUGCGACGUCUGUCCGCUCUCCUCCGUAGGGCUCUCAUCCGCAUCUCCAGAGAGGCCCAGCGGCUCAGCGUCAUGCACUGUCGGUGUACGCGUUUCGAGGUGCAAAGCGCCAUGAGGCUGGUGCUGAGCUGGGCCCUGGCGGAUCAUUGCGUCUCCGCCACCGUCAAGGCCAUCUCCAUGUACUGCAUGAGCGCAGGUGAACUGCUGAGGAAGGGCAAGUCUGCCCGCUGCGGCCUCUCCUUCUCCGUGGGGCGGUUCUUUCGUUGGAUGGUGGACACUCGCAUCUCCGUCCGCAUCCACGAGUACGCGGCAAUCAGCCUGACUGCGUGCAUGGAGGCUCUGGUGGAGGAGAUAGGGCUCCGGGUGCUGAUGGCCGAAAGAGGUCAUUCGGGCGCGGAUUCGGGGUCCGGAUGUGCCCCAGUGACUGCAGAGGCCUUGGAGGCGGUUGUGAACAAUGAUGCCGAGCUGUGGGGAGUCCUGCAACAUUAUGAGCACCUGAUCUGCGGAAAGAAUGCCAAUGGUGUUUUGUCACUCCCAGCCCAUUUCAGUCCGUACACAGAGAACCAGCAGACUGCGGACAGCAGAGAGGAUGCUUACGCCCAGCUGGAGCUGAGAACACUGGAACAAUCUCUUCUGGCCACUUGUGUGGGCAGCAUCUCAGAGCUCAGUGACUUGGUGUCCCGUGCCAUGCACCACAUGCAGCGUCUCAGCUCAGUGCGUCCAGGACAGAGCCCUGCCCGUCACGCCCGUGCCCAGCAGCCUGUGUCCUGGUCGCCUGACGCCCUCCACACCCUUUACUACUUCCUGCGCUGCCCGCAAAUGGAGUCYAUGGAGAAUCCCAACCUGGAUCCCCCACGCAUGGCUCUGAGCAAAGAGAGGCCAUUUAUGCUGUUGCCGCCUCUGAUGGAGUGGAUGAGAGUGGCCAUAGUUCACGCCGAGCAUCGCAAGAGUCUGUUGGUGGACAGCGAUGAUGUCAGACAGACCGCCAGGCUCCUCCUUCCAGGACUCGACUGUGAACCAAGACAACUGAAGCCGGAGUGUUGCUUUAGCUCCUUCAAGCGUCUGGACUCCAAAGCCGCCAUAGAUAAAUUCAACCUGGACUUGGGUUUUCGGAUGCUCAAUUGUGGACGCACUGAUCUCAUUGGUCAAGCUAUUGACCUGCUCAGGCCCGACGGGGUCAACAGCAUGGACGACCAGGGUAUGACCCCUCUGAUGUAUGCCUGUGCAGCUGGAGAUGAGGCCCUUGUCCAGAUGCUGAUUGAUGCUGGAGCCAACCUUGAUGUGGCGGUUCCAUUGUACUCCCCAAAGUAUCCUUCUGUACAUCCUGACAGUCGACACUGGACAGCUCUCACCUUUGCAGUGUUGCAUGGACACAUCCCUGUAGUGCAGCUUCUGUUGGAUGCRGGAGCCAAUGUGGAGGGGGCAGCAGUCCGAAAUGGUCAGGAGACCACAGCAGACACUCCGCUGCAGCUGGCGUCUGCAGCAGGUAACUAUGAGAUGGUGACUUUGCUCCUGGCACGUGGCGCUGACCCCUUAUCAAGGAGCCAUGAUGGAAAUGCUCUUACGUCAUCUCUUUAUGAAGACAUGAACUGCUUCAGUCAUGCUGCUGCACAUGGACACAGAAACGUGCUGAGAAAGCUACUGACUCAACCCCAGCAGAUCAAAGAGGAUGUCUUGUCUCUGGAGGAGAUCCUAGCAGAAGGAGUGGAGAAUGAAAUUCCAGGGAUGUGUCCUUAUCUUCCAACACCUUCGAAUGGCACUCCGACACUGCAGGAUGCAGACAUACCCAAGCUCUGCAAGGCCAGGAUGAAGGCUCUUCAAGAAGCUAGCUACUACAGUGCUGAGCACGGAUAUCUUGAUGUCACCAUGGAGCUUCAUGCAAUGGGUGUGCCGUGGAAACUGCAUGUGUGGCUGGAAUCUCUUCGUUGUGCCCAUCAGCAGUCCAAGACGGGAGCCAUCCUCUCUCUUCUCAGAGAGUUUACCACAGUYCGAGAAGAGGACUACUGUGAUGAACUUGUCACCACAGGCUUGCCCCUUAUGUUCACUAUCCUGCGAGCCACCAAGAACGAUGCCAUUAUACAGCAGUUGGCAGCUAUUUUUAGUCACUGUUUUGGCUCAGCACCACUUCCAGCCAUCCCUGAGAUGAAGGCGUCUCUUUCAGCUCAGUUGGAUCCACUCUUUCUGAACAACCCAGACAUGUCAGAUGUGACAUUUUUGGUGGAGGGAAAACCAUUUUAUGGACACAAAGUCCUUCUGAUAACGUCUUCUAACAAAUUCAAAUCUCUGCUGGCGUCCUCUGGAUCAGAUGGAAGCCCCAGCAAAGAAAUUGAGAUCAGCGAUGUCAAGUACCAUAUUUUCCAGAUGAUGAUGUCUUACCUGUACUGUGGAGGAACAGAAUCACUGAAAACGAAUGUGAUGGACUUACUGGAGCUUUUGUCGGCUGCUAAUCAGUUCAAGCUGGGGGCACUACAAAGACAUUGUGAGCUCAUCUGCUCCAAGCACAUAAACCUCGACAAUGCAGUCAGCAUCUACAAGACAGCCAAGGCAAACGGUUCGGUGGAUCUGAGUUCAUGUUGCGAAAGUUUCUUCCUGCAGCAGAUGCCGGCACUGCUGGAAAAAGACGGCUUCAGGACCCUGUUACUAGGAACCAACUGCACUCGACAGGGGAAUAACUGCACUUCUUCUCUGGCUCACAGCCGCAGUGACUCACCUCUGGAAGAGCUGGAGGCCAUCCUGGCUCAGCGUCUACGCUCGCUUUACAUUUCAUCUCAAGUCUGAAGACGUGAGCCGCUGCAAUGAGACGAGACGAAAAGCAACAAGUGUGUGAAAGUUGCAGAAGGCGGCUUUGUGUAAAUACAGGUGGAUUGGUUCUGUAGGAACCACAUUCCAGAGAAAAUGCUGCAAAACUGUGUAGUGUGGCACGGUGACUGAUUUGGCAGUUGUUGACUCUGAACAGUGUUAUUUUGUUCCAAGCACUACAUGAUGGCGGUUACUGUGACAAACAGUAGGUUUUUCAAAAAGGGUGGUUUGUGUUUUGUGUUUUUUCUCCAAGGCUCAGGAAGCCUAAAUGGAGAGGCAAGUUUCAAAACAAAAUACUGCUGCCAUCUAGUGGAAAGGACUGAAAUUUGCAGCAACUCCUGGGUUUUGACUGAAGCAAUGUA